GAUCAGUUGCCUCUUUGGUAUUAUCUAGUAAACAUUUAUUUUUCGGAUCGGUCGAAUAUUUGUAUUAUAUGAGUUCAUAAAUAAUGUAUUUGUAAUCAACAUUUUGUGGAUUUAUCGGAUGAUCCAACUGCAUUUUGUGAAACUCCGAACCAGAUGAGGAUGAUAGUGUAGUGAUAGGAUGGACAUACAAUCUCUGAACAAAUAUCUGACAACUAACAAUGUACAUUAAACAGGUCAUUAUUCAGGGCUUUAAGUCCUAUCGUGAACAAACUGUUGUGGAGCCUUUUGAUCCUCGCCAUAAUGUAGUAGUUGGCAGAAAUGGGUCUGGGAAGAGUAACUUCUUCUAUGCUAUUCAAUUCGUUUUGAGCGAUGAAUUUUCUCACUUGAGACCAGAACAACGUCAAGCUUUGUUGCAUGAGGGUACAGGACCACGUGUUAUUUCUGCUCAUGUAGAAAUAAUAUUUGAUAAUGCAGAUGGAAGGCUGCCGAUUGAUAAAGAUGAAGUAUUCCUAAGGAGAGUGAUUGGUUCAAAAAAAGAUCAGUACUUUCUAAACAAGAAAAUUGUGACAAGAAGUGACGUUAUGAAUCUGCUUGAAUCCGCUGGAUUCUCCAGAUCAAAUCCUUACUACAUCGUUAAGCAGGGAAAGAUCAACCAAAUGGCUACGGCUCCUGAUUCCCAACGAUUGAAACUUCUUCGAGAAGUAGCAGGCACUAGAGUAUAUGACGACAGGCGAGAAGAAUCAAAAUCAAUAUUAAAAGAAACAGAAGGAAAACUUGAAAAGAUUGAAGAUUUUUUACGCACUAUUGAGGAACGUUUAAAGACCCUGGAAGAGGAGAAAGAAGAAUUGAAAGAAUAUCAACAAUGGGACAAACAACGUCGUUGUUUGGAAUACACGAUACACGAACGCGAGCUAAAAGAAAAUCGAAGAAAGUUAGAGGAUUUAGAAAUGUCCCGGGCGAACAGCGGUGCAGAACAAGCAAGACUGGGUGCCGAAGCAAAAACAGCACAAGAAAUGGUGCGUGCAGCAACGAAACGCCUAAAAGAAGCAAAGAAAGAAGUUUCCACAGCUAAGGAAGAACGCGAUACCCUCACAGCCGAACAACAGCAAUUGCUCAAAGAGAAAACCAAACUCACCCUAACAAUCAAUGAUUUACUCGAAGAAGUAAAGGGUGACAAUGACAGCAGGAAACGUGCUCAGCAAGAACUUGAAAAGCUGAAGUCGAACAUAGCGGCUCGUGAACAAGAACUUGAAGCUAUCAAGCCGGAAUAUGAAGAAAUGAAACGUGUAGAGGAGGAAUGCACGAGAGAGCUGGCAUUAAAAGAACAAAAACGAAAGGAACUAUAUGCCAAGCAAGGACGUGGUAGCCAGUUUACCAGCAGGGAUGAAAGGGACAAUUGGAUAAAAAAUGAAUUGAGGCAGCUUACCAAACAGAUAAAAGAUAAAGAAGAGCAUCAGAAGAAGAUCAGCGAAGAUCUCAAGAAAGAUGCCGAAAAACAAAUUGCCUUAGAAAAGAAAAUAGAAGAACAUACCCGCGAAAUGGAACGUCAAAGAGCAUCUAUAGAUGAUCACAAUAAACAAUAUUAUGAGCUCACUAAAUCCAAGGACCAGUGUCAAGCCACGCGCAAGGAGCAAUACCGACAAGAGAGUGUCUUGCAGCUCAAUCUCUCAAGUUUGAAGGAAGAUUUAGCAAAGGCAGAUCAGAGUCUGCGGUCCAUGGCUGGAAAACCAAUUCUCAAUGGCAGAGACAGUGUGCGUAAGGUGUUAGAUACUUUCCGCGAACGACGCGACAUGGCUCACGAAGUGAGCAGCUACUAUGGUCCAGUGAUUGAAAACUUUGACUGUGACAAGAGCGUCUACAUGGCUGUAGAAGUGACAGCAGGAAAUCGAUUGUUCCACCAUAUAGUAGAGACAGACAAGUUUGGUACAAAGAUACUUAAAGAGAUGAACAAUCAACGUUUACCAGGAGAAGUUACGUUUAUGCCUCUGAAUCGUUUACACGUCAAAGCCAUAGACUACCCACAAACUGGCGACGCCAUUCCCAUGAUAUCACGCUUGAACUAUGAUCCUAAAUACGAUAGAGCACUUAGGUAUAUAUUUGGUAAAACUCUGAUAUGCCGUAAUUUGGAGGCUGCCACGAGCUUAGCACGUACUUCCGGUCUGGAUUGCGUGACUCUUGAAGGCGAUCAAGUCUCCUCCAAGGGAUCCUUAACUGGUGGAUACUUCAAUACACUGCGCUCUCGUCUAGAGAUUCAAAAAACUAGAUCUGAAUUAAUGGCGCAGAUAAACACUCUGGAGACACAAUUGGCCAGCUUGAAAGAGGAGAUCAGAACAGCUGAUCAGAGUAUUAGCUCAUACGUUAGUGAGAUGCAACGUACUGAGACUAAGAACAGCAAGGCCAAAGAUAUAUACGACAAGAUGAAAGCUGAGAUACGUUUAAUGAAGGAGGAACUCAGCGCGAUAGAAAGAUAUCGUACACCUAAAGAAAGAAGCCUUGCACAGUGUACAUCUAAUUUGGAAGCAAUGCGAGCUACAAAGGAAGGUUUGGAAAGUGAAUUACAUCAGGAACUAAUGGAACAAUUGUCUGUGACUGAUCAGCACCAGGUCGAUACCCUGAACGAUAAGAUCAGGAGCUUGACUAAAGAGAACAAGGAGGCCUUUGCCAAAAGAAUGCGACUUGAGGCUGAGAAAAAUAAAUUAGAAAAUUUAUUAACUAACAAUCUAGUUCGUCGUAAGGACGAAUUGAUUCAGGCUUUACAAGAAAUAUCAGUGGAGGAUCGUCAGAGACAGCUUGAAUCCUCGAAAGCUCAGCUGGCUGAUAUAGAGAAGCGACUUGUCAAAGUGAAUGCCGAUUUUAAGGCGCAGAACGAGGCGGUCAAUAUAGCUACGAAGAAACAAAGAGCAGAAUCGGCUGAGGUGGAGAAAUGGAAAAUGAAGGAGAAAGAAGCUCAAGAAAAAAUCGAUGCCGAUGCUAAAGAUUUAGAAAAGUUAGCCAGUAAACUUAACAUUCUUGAACAGAAAAUUGUGGAGUGCACGCAAAAAAUCACUGAACUUGGCGCGUUACCAAGUCAUGAAAUAUAUUCGAAAUUCAAUGGUAUGAGUACAAAACAGUUAUUCCGUGAAAUGGAAAAGGCUAAUAAUCAUUUAAAAAAAUACAGCCAUGUAAACAAGAAAGCAUUGGAUCAAUUCAUGUCGUUCAGUGAUCAGAAAGAAAAAUUAGUAAAACGUAAAGAAGAAUUGGACCGUGGCGAUGAGAAGAUCAAGGAACUGAUGUCUGUAUUAGAACAAAGAAAAUGUGAAGCGAUCCAAUUUACAUUUAAACAAGUGAGCAAAUACUUCAGUGAAGUCUUCAAGAAGUUAGUGCCAUCAGGACAUGCUCAGCUAGUUAUGAGAACAGCCGACGGUGAGGAGGGUGAUGAUGGAUCUUCAGAAGCAGCAGAUUCCGAUCGUUUUAUUGGCGUUGGUAUUCGAGUGUCUUUCACUGGUCACAGAGCUGAAAUGCGCGAAAUGAAUCAAUUGUCCGGUGGUCAAAAAUCUCUGGUUGCCCUGGCCUUGAUCUUCGCUAUACAAAAGUGCGAUCCUGCGCCAUUUUAUCUUUUUGAUGAAAUUGAUCAAGCACUUGAUGCUCAGCACAGAAAGGCUGUGGCUGAUAUGAUUCACGAAUUGAGUUCAGAUGCACAAUUUAUCACAACAACAUUCAGACCUGAAUUACUGCAACAUGCGAAUAAAUUUUAUGGUGUCAAAUUCCGCAACAAGGUGUCUCAUGUCGAAUGCGUGACGCGUGAAGAAGCAGCUGAUUUUGUCGAAGAUGACACGACGCACGGAUAAAAUGGAUUUAUGUUUAAGAACGUUAUAUGGAUUAAAGAGUAUUGCGCGAAUCAUUUUUCGAAGCGCAAUCGAACUGUUUCUAUUAUAAUAGUAAGAGAAUCUGUUCUUCAUUUUGUUUUAGAAUAUUCUUACUGAACAGAAUUUUAUUCAAGCGUAGUUGUAAGAUCUGCUAACGUUAAGCACGGGGUAAGGGGAUUGGCGUUUGAAAAGUUCAGCUUAUUCAAUAUCUUAGAUUUUUUUUACAAACGGACUUUCUUUUUCUUACUACCAUUAACUGUGCAGUGAUUCUUUCAAUGAGUUUCAAACGACUCUGAUAAGUGAAUAACGUGAUUUGGUCAUUUGAAAUAUCAACAAAAUUUUGUUGUCAUUUGAUACAUUCAGAAAACUUCAUUAGUACCAAUGCUGUAAAUUGAUGCAAAUUAUUAUCCAUAUAUUGAAUGUGAAUGAAAUAUUCAUUAUAUAUAUUUCUUUUUCCAUUGCAAAACUAGAAAAAAAAUAUAUAAUUACACUUUGACUUGAAUCGAAAUUGAUCCAAGCAAAUUUCGCGUAGACACUCAACCUCAUAAAUGGUUAAAAUGUCAUAGUAUCUAAAACUUACGGUAUUUUUUUUUUCUAUAAGUUAUCUAUAAAUAAAAUUU